CCCAGGCUGGGUGAACUGAGGUCAUAAAGUGUUUGGUGAAAGCCAGCCUUCCCUCGAGAAAGGUACAUGUGUACCCACAAUCCUAUCUUGGUAGUGCAGGGGCACGGGACCACACAGAAGGUGUUACAGGAACAUGUGGAGUCACCUUGGGGUUGACCAGGAGGGUGAUGGGAAGAUUCAGAGCAGGAAAGAUGGGAGACUGAAGAGACCCCAUCGGCCUUCUCUGGGUCCCCCAGUGACAUGAUCUCAGUGGGCAUGUGCAGAGGUGGGCGAUGGGAUACCAGAUUGGACUUUCCUAUAUGUGGUAUAUGCCCAUUUUAAAUGGGAGGAAGGGUCAUCCUCUUGGGAUCUGUGGAAGUGGAGAGCUUCCUUUGGUCCCUGGAAGUUUCGGAUGGUGCUCCUGUUCCUGGCUACUGUGACAUUGGGUUAAGUGGUGGCACCAGGUAAUUAACGCUGUGCUUUUCUUUUUUUGCAAGGUACGGACAUUGUUGCAGGAGAAGAAGUUGCCAUCAAGCUUGAAUGUGUCAAAACCAAACACCCUCAGCUCCACAUUGAGAGCAAAAUCUACAAAAUGAUGCAGGGAGGAGUGGGUAUCCCCACCAUCCGGUGGUGUGGGGCAGAGGGGGACUACAACGUCAUGGUGAUGGAGCUGUUGGGACCAAGCCUGGAAGACCUCUUCAACUUCUGCUCGAGGAAGUUCAGUCUCAAGACUGUCCUGCUGCUGGCCGAUCAGAUGAUCAGUAGGAUCGAGUACAUUCACUCCAAGAACUUCAUCCACCGUGACGUGAAGCCCGACAACUUCCUCAUGGGGCUGGGGAAGAAGGGGAACCUGGUCUACAUCAUCGACUUUGGCCUAGCCAAAAAGUACCGAGACGCCCGCACCCACCAGCACAUCCCCUACCGUGAGAACAAGAACCUCACCGGGACGGCGCGGUACGCCUCCAUCAACACGCACCUUGGAAUCGAACAAUCCCGAAGGGAUGACCUGGAGUCUCUAGGCUACGUGCUCAUGUACUUCAACCUGGGCUCCCUGCCCUGGCAGGGCCUGAAGGCUGCCACCAAGAGGCAGAAGUAUGAGCGCAUCAGUGAGAAGAAGAUGUCCACUCCCAUCGAAGUGCUGUGCAAAAGCUACCCAUCCGAGUUUGCCACAUACCUGAAUUUCUGCCGUUCCUUGCGUUUUGAUGACAAGCCUGACUACUCGUACCUGAGGCAGCUUUUCAGAAACCUAUUCCACCGCCAGGGGUUCUCCUAUGACUAUGUGUUCGACUGGAACAUGCUCAAGUUCGGUGCCAGCCGGGCAGCUGACGAUGCUGAGCGGGAACGCCGGGAUCGUGAGGAGCGAUUGAGACACUCCCGAAAUCCAGCCACCCGUGGGCUCCCUUCCACGGCCUCAGGCCGGCUGCGGGGAACACAAGAUGUGGCUGCUCCCACCCCCCUCACCCCUACCUCACACACUGCUAACACCUCUCCUCGGCCCGUGUCUGGCAUGGAAAGAGAGCGGAAAGUGAGUAUGCGGCUGCACCGAGGCGCCCCUGUCAACAUCUCCUCGUCGGAUCUCACGGGCCGACAAGAUACCUCCCGCAUGUCCACCUCACAGAAUAGCAUUCCUUUCGAACACCACGGCAAGUAGCUGCACGUCUCCUGUUGGAAGGCAGCACUGGAUUCCCGGUCGGGUGGCUUCCAGUGGUCUUCAGUCUGUCGUGCACCGAUGAGAACUCUCCUUUUUGCUGUGAAGGGCAGACAAUGAAUGCAUGGCUGAUCUACUCUGUUACAUGGCUUUACUAGUGACGCUCCCCGGUCUAGGACACCGGGUGCUCUCCAGGCCACCCACCCAGCAACGCCGUGGGGACACAAAACAGACUAAACCGGACAGACUCCAAGCGCUGCCACCUCUGGGGCUCCACUGAGGCCCCACGUGAUCUGUUGUCACGGGGCUGGGAAGAAAAGCCGAGUGCGAGACACUUGCAGAGACCAGACUCCCGUCCAGAGCCUCUCGGUUCUCCCUGCCGCGGUGGCGUCCGCGCUCCCUGGCGAGUCUGCUGUAACCACCACCUUCUACUUGGUUCUGACAGUUUUGUAUCAUUUUGCUAAAAAUUACUGGCUUAAAUCUGUGUAAAGAAAUCUUUUUAUUGUUUCUUCUUGUCUGUUUCUGCGGUCUUAACAAAGAUGUUGACCUCAAAAUGUCCCGGCUCAGACACGGCGUGGAGUUUCUGUGUAGACUGAGGCAGGCACAGGGCACCAGUGCCGCCAGCAAUGUUUCCUGCUUCUGUUUGGCGUAGUCCACCGUGGAGAGGGGUUUUCUUCCGGAAAUUGUCACGUGUACACGUGUAACGUGUGUCUGUGCGUGUGUUGUGUGCUGUCCUGUGACCUCACCUGGUUUUGGCCAUCACUCCCUCACCACCGUAAACUGAGCCACCAGGACUCGAGUCGUCGGCUGUUAGAAAGUUCGGCCGCGAGCAAGGGCGGCAGUGGAAGCCAGGUGCCCACUACCCGGAGGCGGAGGCCAUGCCUGGGCUUGGCUGGGCCCUUCUGGGCUGUGCAGUUACUUUGCUGGUAGUUGUUGCCUCGAUGCCUUUGGAUUUGGGGGCAUUUUCUAAACAGACUGUAAACAUUAGUGGUGCCGAGUAGCCCCUACUGUGUGCUAACGUCUGUGUGCUCAAGACCAAGGAUGGGUGUCCACCUGGAAUGCAGGUUUGCCCAGAAAGGGGCCGGCCCAAGGGAAGCCCCUCUGAAGUGCCAAGGAGCAGGUGACCCUGAGACCCGAAGGUCCAGGAGGGUGUGUCCUGCUUUUGUGACUGUCCCUGGAACGCAGUGAGCCCACAGGCCGGGAGGCAGGCAGGGUGGGUCUCAUUCUCACCAGAAAGACCCUCAGGGUGCCAGGCUGCCUGUGGUUGUCCUUUCCAGGGCCCUAGGCGGUGGCAGCCAGUAGACGAGGGCCCUGUCUUGGGAUGAGGUGCAGUGCGUCCAUUUGUAGGUACUUCCACUCUCCCUGCCCCCCACUGCAGAGGUGUUUGGAACCUGGGGAGCUUGUAGGAAGCUGUUAGCCUUUCAGGUGUUCAGGUCUGUGUCCCUCCUGACUCCCACAGCACAGGAGUGCUGUUCCCGGGACACCGACAGGUGCACUGACCACAGGGCUCAGGGUGCUUCCAGACCCUGAGCUGGCUGCUGCAAGCUUGUGGGGACAGGGGCGGGGAUGGGUGGGUCAGGGCAGGUGGGAGCUUCCCUCUGGAGCUCAGCGCUGGCAGUGGACAGUCGCAUCCCCACCACCUGCAGGAGCCGUGGGGCAGUGUGUACAGUGUGUCGGUGGUGUCUGACCUGUGCAUUUGUGUGACCACUGUAUUUGUGUACUUACUACACCCUGUAAAUAAUAAAUAUAUGACGUCUACCUUUC